AUGGCUUCAUUUAACAGGAAUGUAGAUAUGGGUGGUUUAGAGAGUGAUACAGAAGGGUAUUGUAGUAUGUUAGUUAAUCCAGUCCACUCUGAAGCUGUGGUUAGUUUAAGCAGUGUUCAACCUGGACUCUGUUUAUCUGGCAGCAAGGAUAAGAGUGUGAUAUUGUAUGACUAUUUAAACAAAAGACAAGAAGAUAAAUGGACGGGUCAUGAACGAGAGAUAACAAAGGUGUGCUAUGGAUCAAGUUGUUUAGGAGUGUUCAGUGCUUCCAGAGAUAAAACCAUAAAAAUGUGGCAGAGAGGGAGUUCCCAUGUUGUUAGGGAAUUUAUUGGUCAUGAUUUAGUUGUUACAGCCAUUCAUGCCAAUAGUGAUACUACCAGACUAUGUUCAGGGUCUCGAGAUAAUACAGUAAAGAUCUGGGAUGUAGAAACAGCUAAAUGUUUAGUUCAGAGUAAUAUUCCACAAAAUCUGGUUACAGAUGUAAAAUGGAUACCGAAUACAGAACAGAUUUUACAGACUGGAGAAGAUAAAGAAGUAAGAAUAUUUGACAGUAGAAAUAUGGAUGUAGUAUAUAAUUUUAUUAAGAAACAAUAUAUUCAGAUGGCUUGUGAUAUAACUACAGAUGGUACAUACUGUUUAACAUGUAGUAAUGGUUUUACAGGCAAUGGUUGUGAGGCUAGUCUAUGGGAUUUAAGAAACAAAAAGUUACUUCAUGAGUUCAAUGGUCAUCUUGAAGCAAUUGAGUCCUGUAUAUUUUUACCCAAUCAAAGUCUAGUUGCAACAGCAUCUCGGGACUGCUCUGUUAAAGUAUGGAACAGAGACACACAAGAAUGUAUAACAGAGUGGUGUUUUGAUGGCUCUGGACCAUUGACUUCAGUUAUAGCUUAUGAAGAUAACAGUAUUUUGGUUGGAACAUUUAACCAAGGUAUACAGGUAUUAGAGAUGGUGAAUGAUAAACUGAUAUUGAGGUCCUCCUACUGA